AACUUUGGAUAUCCGACGCCCUGAAAGAGGAUGAAACUGCUGGGACUAUCGUCCAUUAUUUUAGCAGUAAGCGUACACUAUGCAUCCUGCUGUUGCCGACCAACACCCCCCAAGCGCCCACCGGAUCCAUGGUGCCCAAGUAUAAACCCCUAUCAGUAUGCAGACAGAGGAAAGGCGACUGCAACUGUGCACUGGCAGCUUCCAGUGACAGGCGAAUGUUACAGGGUGACCUUGGUGGGUGGUUACCCACCUGGUUCUCCUUUCUCUGAGGGGAGUCAUUGCAUACGGUACAGAACCUCCAACCCUUGCACUGGCCUGUGGUCAGACUGCGCCAGGUGUUUUACGGUGAACGUUCGCAGGUGCUCCAUACUGCCUCCUCCAAACAACGGAAAGGUGAAUUGUCUUCAGGGGAGAAAGUUUGGAGACACAUGCAGCUACUCCUGUGACAAAGGCUAUAAUCUUGUUGGAUCAGCACAGACUACUUGCGAGGUCAACGGAUGGUCGACAGCGGCUCCGACCUGCAAAGUAAACUCUUGCAGUACUUUGGUUCUUCCAAAGAAUGCAGUCAAGUUUGAGUGUGAUAAUAACUGGCUUUAUGGGAGCGUGUGCCAGUUGACAUGUGAUCGAGACAAGGGAUACGCUUCAACAAAAGCGAGAUAUGCUAAAUGUGGUGAACAAGGCUGGUCCACAACUGAUUUUCAGUGCACAGAUGUGGAGCCCCCGGUUUUCCAUAAUUGCCCAUCACAGAAGAUACAUAAGACUUCUGACCCUGCUAGUAAACUUACAAGUGUGAUAUGGCCGAAAAUAUCUGUGUCGGACAACUCAGGUCAACAACCUACCAUGACACCAACGUCUCCAUACACUGUGACCAGUAUCGGCGGCAGUUUCCCAGAGGGAACACACAUAGUGCGGUUUGAUGCUGAGGAUGCAGCUGGAAACAAGGCAACCCAAUGUAUCUUCAUCGUUGAAGUUGAACGAGUUGAGUGUGACCCUCCGACAAUAAAUGGAGAAUACAUUGACACCCCCAGCUGUCUUCCUCCCUUUGAUGUUGGCAAACAAUGUCGAGUGGAGUGUGCUCUGGCACUCCCCCUGAAAGGGAAGAGAUACAUAACCUGCAGCACCGACACCGGAAGUAAUCCUGCAUCUACGUUCUGGGACUGGGGACAGAAUGACUCCCCACCUUUGAAACAACCAUAUUGCCAAGUUGACAUGUGUACGAACCUUACCGCACCAAAGAACGGCGCUAUUUCCUGUGGGUUCUGGACUGGACAGCGGCUCUGCAACGUCCACUGUAACAAACAGUACGACAUUCCAGAAUAUACCGAUUAUGAAUUCAAGUGUUAUGGUGACUCUAACAAUGAUCCAACAUGGCAUCCAGGUGUCUACCGUCUACCGCAUGAAUGUACACAGUUCUUUGACUUGCCAUGGAACAAACGCCGUCUGCCAGUAUACCUAACCUACGACGGACCUUGCAACAGUGCCAUUGAUGACAUUAAAAAGGGCUUCAUUAACCAAGCCAAAAAUGUUACAAGUCGCAUAUGUUCUGGAACAGCAGCAUCGCACUGCAACGUGAACAACGUACAGGUGUAUUGUGGCGGAACAAGGAAAAAACGAUCACUUCCAGCAGGUGUCCGGCGUUCACGACGAUCAACAUCAAACUACAUCAUCUUUGACAUCGACGUUGAAAUAGUGGAUACAUCGGGUCUAUCCAAAGAUGAGCAAGUCACCAAAUGCAGAAGCACCCUCGAUAAUCUCUUCCAAGAAUUGCACAAAGACUCUGCAUUUACGGCAAACGGCAUACGGAUAUCACCUUCAGGACUUACCAAGAUGCCAGAAAAGAGCCUUUGUCAGAAUGGAUUCGUGAAAAGCAGGACCUCUGGAUCAAAGUGUGUUCCAUGUCCAAAAGGAAUGUAUUAUCGGGAGGAAAAGUGUGAGUUAUGUCCCCUUGGCCACUAUCAGGACAUCACAGGAUCAACUGAGUGCAAGAAGUGUCCGGCGGGCUAUACCACUCUCCAAAAGGGCAGCUUCAUCGCAAGUCAAUGUAAAGAAAUGUGCAAGCCAGGAUAUCUGUCUUCCAAUGGUUUGAGUCCAUGUUCACCUUGUCGUCGAGGACGUUAUCAACCUGAACAAGGACAGACGCUGUGUAUACGAUGUCCCACUGGAUUCACCACAGAGACAGUUGCCUCCUCCUCUAAAUCACAUUGCGUUUCUUACGAUAUCAGUAUGGAGGGCCCUGUCAAUGUCAACAUGUCACCAGGCUGCAGAUCUGAACUUAGAGAGUUUACCCUUGGUAUGUGGGUCAAAGUCGACUCGAAGGGCAAUCGUAUUCAAUUUGAGAUGUUCCUGGAAGACACUGUUUCCGUCUCCGUGUCACUCUCAUCUGACAUUGCAGUAACAGCCGGAAGCAAGCAUAUAGUCAAGAAGAAUGUUCUGUUAAACACUUGGGUACACGUGGCCAUUGUUUGGACAACAGAAAAUGUAACAAUCUUCAAAAGUGGGCAUCAGAUUCACCAUCAACCCUUUUCCUCGUCAGUUUCUACAAUCCCUACCAACACAAGGAUGAGAAUAUCAGUCCAAGACAAAGUCACUGUUCAACUGAAGAGUUUAAUGUUGGUGUCUUCAACUGAUACCGCCACAGUUGCAACCCUAGCUGGAACGUGCGAGGCAAUGUUGCCAAACGCUAUAUUUUCGGUGGAAAACCUCAACAUGACAUAUCUCGACCGGGUUCUGGAGGUCAUUCCAUCCUCAUGCCAGGAACUUGACCCAUGUGAGGGAUUCUGUGGCACAUUUGGACGGUGUUCUUUGAACGCGUCCAUGGCGCCACAGUGUCACUGCAGUGGAGGCUACUCUGACCCUCGGUGCCUGACCCCGCCAGACAGGUGUGCAGACAACGACUGUGCAGAGGGCUCAACGUGUGUGGCAGGACUGGGAGAAGGAGCUGAGUACACUUGCGCUUGUCCACCGGGGUUUACUGGAAUGUUGUGUGAUAAUGAACAACCUGAUGGUGAAUGGGGCAUGUGGGGUGAUUGGGGGGCGUGUUCCGUGACGUGUGGACGUGGCUACAAAACACGACAUCGUUCCUGCGACAGCCUACAAGACGGAAGCAAACCUUGUGUUGGCAACUACAGAAACACAGCAGUUUGUAAUGCCGAGCCAUGUCGAGUCUGCCACAAAGAGUAUCUUCUAUACAGCCGGGACAUUACCGACGUGACAUGCACCACAGACAGUGAUGGUGUAUUGCGAUGUCACAGUAAAUGCCGGCUUGGUCUGGUACCGUUCCAGUCUGACAUGAAGUAUUCUUGCAAAGAAAGAGAAUGGACGCCUAGUCGUGUUGUGCAGUCAUGUUCAGAAUGUGCAUCUCCCGCCACAGUCCAGUUGAAAUAUAUCGUUGUCCACAUACAACGAAUACCCUCUCUGAAGGAAUCACUCUCUGGGAUCGCGGAGAGCUUUGCAUGUGUGAAAAGUGGUGUAUGUAGCUGGCAUGUUGCUGUCAUGGAUUGUGACGACGAUACCACCGUGUGUACAGAUAAUUCCGGUGUUCAGCUGGGUGUUCUGACUCUCGACAUUCCCAUUGUACCCGGUGUUGUUGACGUCUCUCCAAUUCAGACUAAUCCAGAACUUGCUCCCAUCACUGACACUCUGCUGUCUUCCAAUGGAGGAUACAUACACGAAAGUAACGAACUUCACAGUCCAGCCCACCGUGACCUUGAAAUAACAAUGCAUCAAGGUCACAUGAUGGUGCAGCCAUACGGGCACAAGGAGAGCGGGAUAGCAGUUACUGGGGGACUUGAGGCAAUCACUGCUGCUUGGAACACCUUGGACAAAGCAAACUGGGAAGUAAGGUCUGUGGGGUACAGAAACUUCACAGUCGGAGACAAUGAACCCUACCUGAUGGUGGAACAAAAUGUCACCUGUGCUGCUGGCCGUGUUCCUGGGGGAUUAUUCUGCUUGAAAUGUCCUCUUGGAACCUUCUACUCUGACGGCAUGUGCGAGGCAUGUCCCGUUGGCUUCUACCAAGACCGCUCCGGACAGUUGGACUGUACAUCCUGCCCUGGGUUCGCCACAACGCCCGACAUCGGGAUUCCAUACCACACCAUGUGUCUUGAUCCCGAAGCUCCUGGCCAGUACCUGCUGGUGGCCAACGGUCAAAAUAAGCUGACCAAGACUCACCUGACCUUCAAAAAUCAGAGUAUUAUUGAUCUCUCCAACAUCAACGGUAGCGUAACUCAUCACGUCUACAGUGCCACGGACAACUACAUCUAUUACAGCACGCAAUCUCCAGCCUCCAUUGGAAGAAUCCGAUGGAAUGGAAACUGGCAACUUACGAUCAUAAAUCUAAAAGGGGAAGAGGUGACAGGAUUGGCUGUGGACGAGAGGUCAGGACUUGUGUUCUAUACCCUGCGCACUGGCUCCCUCAGGACCGUGACCUCUGAUCGCUACACCAAAGAUGACAUAGUGAUUCUCGAUGGACUCAAUAAUCCCCGUGAUCUUGUCCUACAUCAGGAAAAAUUCAUGAUGUACUGGGCCGAAGGACAUACAAUCCAGCAGUACCGUUAUGGCAAUGACUCAAGAACUUUACUAAAGAACACUGGACAAGACGUCCUUGGUCUCAGGCUCAACCCAGAAGUUGAUAGAGUGAUGUGGUACAGCAAUGGACAACUCAUUAGCUGCGACACCGACGGCGAUGACGUCACACCUCUAGUUGAAAACGCAAGUCCGCUCUUUGGCCUUGUGAACGACUACUACUUCUAUGCCAAUGCAACAGGACUGUACAGAGUCAAUGCUGAUGGUGUCACACGCGCACAAGUGAUGUUGCUUACUUCAUUCCCAACCAGCGUCUCGGUCAUCUCCACCAGCCAACAGGACUGGGGGCCUCUGAAAUGUUCUGGCAGUCUUCCUGAAGGCCAGGCCUGCUGGCAGAUUGAUCGUUUCGAGACCAAGCUUUUGGGAACUGAGGUGCCCUAUUGCGACGAAGAGUAGCUAUGAAACCUUGUUCAAUGUCCGCACAGAUUUAACGGUAAAUUGGUACAAAAAGAGAAUAUGGAUUAUUUUUGUUUUUCUAAGAUGUAAAAAAGAUCGUUCAUAUGCACCGGCAAUCCUUAUAUUGUACAUAAAAUUCUCAAUAUAACAAGCCUAUCCAUGAAUGAAAGGAAUAAUAAAGGAAAUGAAGACAGUUACAAACAUUGUUUACUACUUGCAGAAAUAUUGAUGACGCUUUACAUCGGUGUAAGUAACGCGUACUUGUUGCCUUAAAUCUGUGCGGACUUUAACAUCCUUCGAAACUGGACAUGGAAUUAUCUUUUCAUCCUCAAGAUUCGUAUGUGGUUAAGACCUGUGAAAUGAAAUGUACGACCUAAAUAAUCUAUGUGCUGUUUAUGUUAUUAUGUAUGUUAAAAUUGAACUUCACUUGUUCAAUGUAAUUAUCAGCCCACAUUAUUUAAUAAUUACUUUUCGCAUAAUACUUUCAGUUUCGCUACACGAACUUAGUUUGUCUUUUGCCUCCAUGGUUCUGUCCAGGUUUCUUAAACAGAUGAACAAUCAUGAUGUUUAUAAUCUUAUUAAAACAUGAAUAAAUAAAUGCAUACAAUCUU